GGGUGAGGCUUUGCUGUCUCCUGAAGGAGGAGGUGCAGCAUUUGUACCUAAGGCAGAGGAGACAAAGACAGUUUGGCUCUCGAACAUCGAUGCUUCUGUCUCGCAGCAGCAGCUGCAGCAACUCAUCAACAAACUUACUCAAGGCCUUACCCAGCUGCGUUUGGUGAAGGAUUUUCGCGGUGUAUCGAAGGGCUUUGCGUAUGCAGAUUUUGUGUCUGCUGCUGCUGCUGCUGCUGCUGCUGCUGCGCUGCACGGGCAGCAGCUGAAUGAAAGGCCUCUGAAGGCGCUGCAGUCAAACCCUACGAAGUUGUUGUAUGAAGAGAAGACAUUGUUUAUUAGUAACCUCUCAAAGACAAACAUAACGGAGACAGAGAUAGAGACAGCACUGAAGCAGAGCCUUCACUUUCAAGGUGUUGUUGCUGUUCGCCUCGUCAACGACCCUAACACCCCACACGCAAACAAGGGGUAUGGCUAUGUUGACUUUGAGUCGCAUGAAGCUGCAGUUGCUGCGCUGCAGCACUUCCACAAUGCCCAGCAGCAGCAGCAGCAACAGCAGCAGCAGCAGGAGCAGCAGCAAGGUUCCGAAGCUUCAGCGGCGCGCGCCGAAGAGCAUGAGCAUCAGCAGCAGCAGGGUGAGCAGCAGCAGGGUGAGCAGCAGCAGGGUGAGCAGCAGGAGAGCAGCAGCAGCAGCAGCAGCAGCGGGGGAGAUAAGAAAGGAGACAGCUGCAUGCAGCAAAUGCUGCUGAAAGGAAAGCCCUUUAUGCUAGCGCCGUCAAUCCCUAUGAAAAACCAUCGCUGGAUUGCUGCACCCGUUAACAAGGUGAGAGUGUGCAGCUGA